AUGGAUAGAUUUAUUCAGGCGUUGAAUGCAGUAAAUGCAUAUAUUCACGGAGGUGGUGACCCGAAUAAGGUACAGGACAAGGAAACAGGAAAUACAUUUCUCCACUGUGCAGCUAAGCACAACUUUAAAAAUGUUGCCGAAAAGUUGCUCGAACAUGGAAUGAACGCAUUAGCUAAGAACAAAGAUGGAAAAAUUGCUUUGCAAAUUGCUAUAGAUAAAAAGCAUGAUGACAUGAGUGCCCUUAUUGCUAGGAAUAUGAAACCAGUCGAAUUACGAUGUCUAUUUGGAAGAAGUAAGGAAAAUGAUGAAAUAUUUGAUAUAGAUAGCGAAUUGAUCAACUCUAAUUGUGAUUUUACGGAAACAUUACUAGCAGUUUUAGACAGUCUUAAGGAUGAGAAGGAAGAUGGCGUUGAUGUAUAUGACACCAAGCUGUUGGAAGAAGAUAAGAGUGGAAAACUACCGGACGACCCUGCCUUCAACUGCAAAGAUCACACUGUUUUCCAUAUCCUAGCUGAAAAAGGACAUAAGGAAGCAAUAAAUCAUCAUAUACUUAGACUUAUGAUUAGCCAUAAAUGGAACGAGUGGGCAAGGAAGAAGUUUGUGACUAAUUUCGUUUUGUACCUCUUAAGCUUGUUCUCUUUGACAUUUUCUGUUGCUGUGGGUGCAACUUCCGCCGACGUAAGGGAAUAUGACACAAGAUUACAACAUUCACGUGCUGUUUUCGAAAUUGUCGCAUAUGGUUUUGUAAUCAAAGCUAUUGUUAAUGAAAUUAUCCAAGUGGUGAGGCAUAGACUCACCUACUGCAAACAACUUCUCAACUGGUUGGAGCUAAUUUCAGCGGUACUCUUGUUGCUAGUACUUCCCGUGCGUUACAUUAAUAUCCGGGCUCAUUGGUAUAUUUUCGCUGUGGGAUAUUUCCUAUGGGUGAUAAAAAUCUUCAAGUAUGCAGUAGUGUUCAGCGAAACUGGGGCAUACGCAGAAUCACUAAGAACAAUAUUUUGGAGAAACUUCCUUCCGUUCAGUUUGCUGUUUUGUAUUGUAAACCUUGCAUUUGGAGGGACUUUUCUUCUUGUCCUGAAAGGCGAUGGAGACUUGGACAUUCAUGACGAAACAAGCUCUAUGUGGGGAAUAUGGUAUGUUGGAUUAAGGACGAUGAUAGAGGCCCAGCCAGUUGUGGAAUACACUGGUUCUGAAGGAUAUAGAUCCAUGGGAACAAUUGUAAUGUUGAUGUUUAUGGCCAUGACGAUAGUUGUUUUGCUGAAUAUCCUUAUCGCUCAGCUGACCGAAACCUAUCAUAUCAUUCAAAGCGACGCUUGGAAAUCUGUUGUUGUCAAUAGGGCUUGGAUCAUUGCUCGGUUAGAGAGAAACGCAGUACCCUGUCCAUUACAGUGUAUCCAAGAAUGUAUCAAACAUCGUCUUCCAGUUUGUCUAUCACGGUGCCUACAAGGGAAAGAAAAUCGAGUGUAUGAAAGGUAUUUAAGCAACAAAGACUUUAAAAUGCUUCAAAAGCAUUCUACCCCAAUGGAACAGAUCAGCUCUUCGUUAUCUCAUAUGGAAAAUAAACUGGUAAAGACUGAUCUAAAAAUACAGACGGUAAAAACAAGACUUCGGAAGAUGGAAGAAAAACUGGAGAAAAAACUGAAUGAUAUGGAGAAUACACUACGGUCAUUUAAAAGAUAAACUAAAUUAACUGUUACACUAGCACUUAAGUAUAUUUUAACUAUAAAAAGUAACUGAAUAAGAAUGUGUGAUGAUAAAUGUCAUUGAGUACUAAGUACAAUGUAUAACACUGAUUUAUUAUUUGAUAGUUUUUAAGCAUGUUGCAAAUAGUCCUCCCUAAUAACCCAUUGGGAAAAAAAUCUUGUAUUAUAACGGGUGGAAGUUAAUCUGACUGUGAAGUAGGUCUCAAGUGCAUGCAUAUUGUAUGAUUUGAAAAUUGCUAAAAACGUAAUUUAAAAAUUCAAAUAUUUUAUUCAAGCUUGGAUAUUAGAUAUUGAAAAUCUUCAAUAUUUACAAAAAAUGGCAUUUAAAUGAAAUUACUUGUCAUUAAAUGGUAUUUAAAUGAAAUUACUUGUCAUUAAAUGUAUUACCAUAUAAUAUUUAGUUAAUUGUUCCUCACAACCAGUGUGAUCAAGCUAUAUGUACGUAGAUAAAGUUAUAGAUUUAUAAUCGGUGUAAUUGAUUAAUUUCA